AGUCUACUUUCGGCCGCCUCUCUCGCCCAUAGUUCUGCACUUCUGCUCCAAAUCCCCUCCCCUCCCCCUCCAUCCCCCCGCGGCGGUCUCCGGCCACCGUGCUGCGCGCAGGACGAGCCCCGAGCCUGAGCGCUUGGUCUACUGCCAUGGACGACGAGGCGGCCAAGUCUGUUCCUACAUCAGACAUGAAUACCGACGCUGCCGCGGAAGCCGAGGCGGCCGCCGCUCCGCUGCGGCCCUCGAGCUCUGAAGCGGCGGAGAGGGAGGCAAAGGUUGAGGGCGCGGAUGAGGAGGGCCAGGUGGUUGAGCGAUUGGUCGAGCUGGUGAGCGAGAUCGCGACCAUCUCGGACUUCAGGAACUCGUACAGGCGGCAGUUCUGCAACCUGUCCCGGCGGAUCCGGCUCCUCGUGCCUAUGCUGGAGGAGGCCAAGGAAGCGCCCGCGCCGCUUCCGGCGGCGUCGGAGGCCGCGCUACGGCGGCUCAGGGACGCGCUCCACGCCGCCAGGGAGCUGCUCCGGCUCGGCAGCAGCGGCAGCAAGAUCUUCCUGGUUCUUGAUAGAGAGAAAAUAAUGAAGACUUUCCAGGAUGUUACUGCAAGACUUGAACAAGCCUUAGCUGGUAUUUCGUUUGAUGAACUUGAUAUAUCUGAUGAAGUAAGAGAGCAGGUUGAAUUGGUGCAUACUCAGUUCAAAAGAGCUAAGGAACGAUCAGAUUCAUCUGAUGAUGAUCUUUUUAAUGAGCUGAUGUCUCUCUAUAAUUCAAGCAGCAGUGCUAGUGUUGACCCAGAUAUUCUUCGAAGGUUAUCUGAGAAGUUGCAGCUUGUCACAAUAUAUGACCUCAAUCAUGAGUCUCUGACCUUGCAUGAGAUGGCUAGAGGCGGUGAUCCUGGUGCAGUUGUUGAAAAGAUGUCAAUGCUCCUCAAAAGGAUUAAGGAUUUUGUGCAGACAGAAGACCCUGAGAUGGGCGCUCGAGCAAGUACAGCAAACAUUUUCCCAAAAGACAACUCAGCACGUCCUGUUAUUCCUGAUGAUUUCCGUUGCCCAAUAUCACUGGAUUUAAUGAGCGACCCAGUUAUUGUUGCCACUGGGCAGACUUAUGAGCGGGGGUACAUAGAGAUGUGGCUGGAGGCUGGCCAUGAUACCUGUCCGAAGACACAGCAGAAGCUUGCUAAUAAAUCCCUGACUCCAAAUUAUGUCCUACGUAGCCUCAUAACUCAAUGGUGUGAGGCAAAUGGUAUUGAACCUCCAAAACGCCCUGCUCAACUUAAGGAUGCACCAUUGCCAUGUAGUGCUGCUGAACAUAGCAAUGUUCUUGAGCUUCUUCAGAAACUGUCAUCCCAAAACCUUGAAGAUCAACGUGGCGCUGCUGGUAUGCUUCGUCAGCUUGCCAAGCGCAGUGCUGAAAAUCGUGCUUGUAUUGGAGAUGCUGGUGCUAUUCCUAUUCUUGUUAGUAUGCUAUCAACCACUGAUGUUAGCACCCAGGAACACGUGGUUACUGCUCUCUUGAAUCUUUCCAUCUAUGAAGAGAACAAGGCAAGGAUAAUCUCUUCUGGAGCUGUUCCUGGAAUUGUGCACGUAUUAAAGAGGGGCAGCAUGGAGGCUCGGGAGAAUUCAGCCGCCACACUGUUCAGCCUAUCUAUUGUAGAUGAGAACAAGGUGACUAUUGGGUGCUCAGGGGCAAUUCCUGCGCUUGUGCAGCUAUUGAGUGACGGAAGCCAACGGGGUAAAAAGGAUGCAGCAACAGCACUAUUUAACUUGUGUAUUUACCAGGGCAACAAGCGGAAAGCUGUUAGAGCUGGAUUGGUACCUAUACUACUAGAACUACUCAUGGAGUCUGAAAGUGGGAUGGUAGAUGAGGCCCUUGCAAUAUUGGCAAUCCUCUCAGGCCACCCUGAGGGGAAAGCAGCUAUUGGUGCUGCUUCUGCAAUACCUGUACUUGUUGGAGUUAUCAGAACUGGAUCUCCAAGGAGCAAGGAAAAUGCUGCUGCUGUUAUGGUGCAUCUAUGCAAUGGCGAAGGAGAACAGCAGCAACAGCAUCUUGCUGAAGCACAAGAGCAGGGCAUCGUGUCUUUGCUGGAGGAACUAGCAGAAAGUGGCACGGACAGAGGAAAGAGGAAAGCUGUGCAUCUGCUCGAACGAAUGAAUCGGUUCCUAAAGCGGCAGAGUCAAGCCCAAGCCGAAGCAGAGGCCAUGGCACAGGCUCACGCGCAAGCACAAGCACAAGCACAAGCACAGGCACAAGCACAGGCACAGGCACAGGCACAGGCACAGGCACAGGCACAGGCACAGGCACAGGCACAGGCACAGCCUCAGAUCCUGGUUCAAGCUGAAGCACACGCAGAUAUGCAAGCUGAGCGAUCACUACUUCCCACUUCACCAGAUAUUUCUGAUAGAUGAGGUUUUUGAUCAGCAGCUUGUUUUGUCUAGUUAUUGGCUUGUUUUUUUUUAGCUCAGGCUGGCAGGUGGAAGAUUGCCUGCAAUUGUUAUUGUGGAGGUUUCUGGUUUCUGUUGAACACUGCAAAUUAGGAGGUCUGGGCAGCGUGAUUUAGGUCCAUGAGCAUGUUGACAAGUGGGUUCUGAGGCAGCUAUUAACCUGUGUGUGUUCGUACAAUGUACCGGUGAUUGAAGGUAAGUAUCCUCGAGUUUUAGGGAGGUGUCGUUGAACUUGUACCCGGUGCCCAGUACAGAGGACUAAUUCUGGCGUCCUAGGCUGAGAACCACCUUAUGUGCCUGACAAUGUUGCAGUAAAGCUUUAGUUCAAAAAAGUGUUUCUUCUUCCAGUCCUGACAUGGAGCAUUGGGGGAUUUUUCGCCCCGGUUGAAUGAUCCUGAGUUUGUAAAACAACUGGUGAGGUGUAAGCGUUUGUCCAGAAACAUGUUUUUUUCUCCCAUCUCUUCUGCCCCUUCCAUAGCUCCAUAUGCUUCCAUGUGUACAUUGAACUAAAAGAAACCGGCAUGUUGGAAUCAUGAACAUUUGUGGUCUCUCA